AUGUCAGGCUUCGGGCAGGUGGUAGUUUUGGCUUUGUGUUUCGUAGGAACGGUAUACUGUGUUGGAUACAUUGGCAAAAGACCCCCCUCCCAAGGCGCAUGUUACUAUGAGGACAUUAAUGCCGCCCAUUUCAGCUACGAAAUGGGAUCUUGCGAAGGUCCAAGGGAUUGGUGUUCAGUUAACAAAUGUUGGACGACUUGUGGCUCAGAUAGAAGACAAUCGCCUAUCAACAUCAACUCCCACAGAACAGAACGGAGAUAUUUCAGGAAUCUAGAGCUUAAAAACCUCAACCAGAGAGCCAACGCAGAAAUCUUCAACAAUGGGCAUUCUCCACAUUUUGAUGUCAACGUGGACACCAGUGAUGAUGAUAACAAUAUCAUUCUGACCCGUGUCCCAGGAAGGCCCAGUUACAAGAGGUACAUCUUUGCCCAACUGCACGUGCAUCUCGGUCAUGACGAGGAUAAGGGGUCAGAACACUCAAUUAACGACAGAUUCUACCCUAUGGAGGCUCACAUGGUAUUUUACGACAGUAUGUAUUCAGACAUAGGCCAUGCAAAGUUUGCCCCCGACGGUUUGGUUGUUUUGGGCGUUAUGUUGGAGCCUGACAGGAGAGGGGGUGAGGAUUCUGACGAUUCUGAUGAUUCUGACGAAUCUGAUGAGGAUGACGACAAUGGUUACAAUGAUAAUGGAGAGAGAAGAAGAAAUCUUGGCUGUCCUUCAGAAAAUGGCGACGAAGACCAUGGUUAUUUCAGAGGAAGACUCUACAGAGGGCAUGGUGAAUGCAGAGUGCGGUUUGCUAGGACAUUAAGUAAAAUAAUGGAGAAGUACUACAAAAAGAUUAGAAAACACAAUGCAGUUGAACCUGAUACUGCUGGUGCGGAUUCACCCCCUGAUGAUCUUCAGUGUGGAAGAACACCUAGUUAUAAUUACAUCAACAACAACUGUUUUAAAAAAGAGGCCCACCAUGAUGACAUGGUGAAUGUAGAGUGCGGGAUCUCUCCAGCAGAUGUCCUUCCAUAUGAUCAGAGAUUCUACACGUACGCUGGAUCUUUAACGACACCGCCGUGUUACGAAACUGUUCAAUGGAUUGUCUUCAAAUGUCCUGUAAUGGUGACAAAGAAGGCUUUUAAGAGAUUACAAGAAGUUGAGGAUUCCCACAAAGACCCUCUUAAAAUGAUAGGAAUUCGCAGACCAAUUCAGAGAAAUAGGUACGUCAGAGUUUACAGAAAUUUCUGAAUGAUUAUGGAUGAUUUUGAGAGUGAAGAGUGGCGCGUUUAUUAACAAUGCUUUUAUUGUAAUUUGAUUUUAUAGAUGAAUUGUAAUUUUUCAAAUAAAUUUUUGCUGAGGUGAAAUGAUCAUUAAAACAAUAUAAAUCACAGACAGCUUGCAAUUCCCAACACAGAUAUCCUUGCAUUACAGUGACACGACAAUCAAUAUUAAAAUGUUACAUGAUUCUAAAACAGUUUAUAUGACACCAGCACUGUUUGAUGUACAUCAUAUGACAUUGGAAUGAAUUUCUAGAAAAAUGAAAUGGAUGAUCAGCCUUCAUUGAUGUUAAGGAAAUAAAAUAAUGGAGA